AUCUUUCUGGCCCCACCCUUUGUGUUCCCCAUACCGUCAAUCAAAAUAGAAAAAAAUAUACUGGAAUUACCGAUUGCAGCCCAACAUCGACUAAUAUAAUCAUGUCUGGAAUGUGAUAAUACAGAGUUUCUCCGAAUUAAAAAAAGCACGCAAUGACUGCCCCAGAACAGCCAGUGAAACAAGAGGAAAUGGCUGCCUUGGAGGUGGACAGCAGUCAAUGCGACUUUCUGCAGCAGGACGAUGGCAGAGGAGAUCAGGACAUUCAGCCGUCACCGCUCGAUAUGCUGGCAGCUACCUGCAGCGAGAUCGGGGAUAAAGAGGGGGAUAAAGGUGCUGCCGCUGUUGUGACAACAGACCUCACAUCCAUACAGUUAACAGGAAGAGACAGAUGGGAAGUUUUAACCACCACGUCAGGAGCGAAGGACGAGUCUGGUAUGAUGCAAGUCUCCAGCCAGGGCAUCGUGACGUCCAACGGACAGUACGUCCUUCCUCUCCAGAACCUCCAGAGCCAGCCCAUCUUCGUGACGUCGGGUUCCGACGCCUCCUCCGCCAACGCAGUGCCAAACAUCCAGUACCAAGUGAUCCCUCAGCUCCACACCUCGGACGGACAGCUGAGCUUCUCCACGGCGACCGUGGAGGGAGCCACCCUGAGCACUGACGCCACGGGCCAGAUCCAGAUCUUGUCUGACGGGAACCACAGCUUGGGCGUGACCUCGGCGGAGGACAUCCUGUCGAACAACCACAACCUCAUAUCACAAACGGGUCACGUCCAGCAGAUCCAGGGAGUGUCUAUUAGCGGCUCCGCCUUCAACAACCAGGGUCAGGUUGUCACAAAUGUGCCUGUGGGGUUGCCGGGGAACAUUACCUUUGUACCCAUCAACAGUGUGGACUUGGACUCUCUAGGCCUAUCCGGGGCUCAGACUAUAGCGACUGGCGUCACCUCCGAUGGGCAGCUCAUCAUGGCUGGACAGCCUCUAGACGGGUCAGAGGGGAUGGACAAGACGGGCGAGCCGCUCUCGGGGAGCGACUCGAACCCCGACAUGUACGUGCCAACGUCCUCCACCCAGUUGCCCGACGUCAUCAGUGACGCGGGCGUGCUGACCCAAGACGAGCAGGGGGACCCCGGCUCGGCCGUCCAGGACGGCUUCCUGCAGCAGAACCAGGUCCACGGCCUCCAGGUGUCCUCGGGCCAGCCCGUCAUCCAGCUCCAGCAGGUGCCUGUCCAGACCAGCGACGGCCAGCUGGUGCAGUCAGUGGUGGCCGGGGAACAGACCCUGCAGAAUGUCCAGCUGAUCAACCCCGGCACCUUCAUCAUCCAGGCCCAGACGGUCACGCCCACGGGGCAGAUCCAGUGGCAGACCUUCCAGGUGCAGGGCGUGCAGAACCUGCAGAACCUCCAGCUGCCCACCACCCCUCCCCAGCAGAUCACGCUAGCGCCCGUCCAGACCCUGUCCCUGGGCCAGGGGGGAGCGCUGGGCGCAGGCCAGGUCAGCAUCAGCACAGGGCAGAUCCCUAACCUGCAGACGGUGACGGUCAACUCCAUGGCCCAGUUACAGGAGGGCGACAUGGACAGCCCUGGAGACAUCCAGAUAAAGGAGGAGCCGGACGCGGAGGACUGGCAGCUGGGCAGCGACUCCACCCUGAACACCAGCGACCUGUCCCACCUGCGCGUCCGGCUGGUGGACGAGGACGAGCAGCUGGGCCAGGAGGGGAAGCGGCUGCGGCGGGUGGCCUGCACCUGCCCCAACUGCAAAGAGUCGGGCGGGAGGGGAUCCAACAUGGGGAAGAAGAAGCAGCACAUCUGCCACAUCCAGGGCUGCGGGAAGGUGUACGGCAAGACGUCUCACCUGCGCGCCCACCUGCGCUGGCACUCUGGGGAGAGGCCGUUCGUCUGCAGCUGGAUGUUCUGCGGGAAGAGGUUCACGCGCUCCGACGAGCUGCAGAGACACAGGAGAACCCACACAGGAGAGAAGAAGUUUGUCUGUCCGGAAUGUUCCAAGCGCUUCAUGCGGAGCGACCACUUAGCGAAGCACAUUAAGACUCACCAGAACAAGAAGGGUGUGAACACUGGCAGCGCGGUGGUGGCGUCGGUGGAGUCUGCGGGCUCCUCCGACAGCAUCACCACGGCGGGAGGCACCACGCUCAUCCUCACCAACAUCCAGCAGGGCUCCAACAACGCCCAGGACAUCCUGUCCACCGCAGAGAUCCCACUCCAGCUUGUCACCGUAGCAGCCAGCGCAGUCAUGGAGUAGCUGGCUGUUCUCUCAUGAACUUCUACAAGCCUCAUAAACUCCCACUUGUUUUUUUGUUUUUGUAUUAUUCACACAUGAAUGAAUAUAUAUAAAUAUAUAUUAUAUUUUAACAAGGAUAGGUAGUUCGUGUUCAAUAGCAGUCUUUUUAUCGUUGGAGGAGGGUAAACUAGCAGAAGUGGUUCCAAAAUACUCAAACAGAAAUGCCUUAUUUUGUAUCAUAUGUCGUCUGAAGGUGGGAUGUUUGAAUUUAUACGUUGAAAUGCUUGUUAAAAGAAUGGUACAUCAACGAAGCAAUUGUCUAUUGCCAGUCUAAUGCCCUUAUCGAUGUGUGUUCUAAUGAUGGCUAGUCAUGGUCAGGUCUUUGUCGGUUUGUUUUUGCUUCAAGUCCAGAUGUGUCUUCAUGUAAAUGUUUGAAUGUUGUUAUACACCUAUUGUGUUAUGCAUUUAUGGUUAUUUAGUGUCUUCCUCCUAUUCCUAUUGUAUAUGUGCUUGCCUAAACUAUUGCCAAGCACCCCCCCCCCCCCUUUUAUUUGCUCCCUUAUACCUAAAAAAAGGUAUAAAAACAAUCAUGUAAGUAAUAGUUUUGUAAUAUAAUUCCUCUUGGACAUCUAUGGUUCCUAUCUGUUGUGAUAUGCAUUUCUUGCAAAUCAAGUAUUUUGAUUGAACAGCUAUUUAUAGUAGGCUUUGCAUAGUGAAACCGAUUUUGUGGUAUCUCAAACUCCAAACUCUUUGAAUGGCUUUUUCAAUGUGUGAUAUAAUGUUUAAACGUGUUUCUUUUGUAGAAACACAAUUUCUAAAGGAUUCACAACUAUAGGCUGUGUCAUUGUAUCCAGAAGAUCAAACAAAGCCAUGUUUAGGGGUUGAAUUGCCAAAUUUGACUUAAAUCUCAGGGUGAUUUGUCAUGCAGUACUGUGUGGUUGCACGUCAGCGCAAUCUCCCCUAGUAGCUUCAAGCAUGUUGUGGAAAUGUGUUUUAUUGAUGGACCAAAAGCUGAGGUGAAUUAUGUUGUCACCAUUUUACCUAUGCUCUAUGAAGGUAAGGAUCAUCAAUGUAAGGAUCGCUCAGUGACAACCCCUCCUAUAAUGAAAUGACUUGGGCAAGAGAUUCAUCCUGUUGUACCUUGCUCAAUCAGUCCUAGUAGACAGGUUAGACACGGUGUUGCUGACUGCUAGAAAGACAGUAGCUCUUUAACUGUCCUCAUCAACUACCUUUUGAUAAUGGUCCUUUUGUAUAAUAUGUUUUGUACACUGUCCAAGAAACUGUGUCGCUAUGCUCUUUUACUCUGUAAAUGUGUAUGUUUCUGUCCCUGUCAUACAACAUUUCAAUGAAUUCAAUUUUAUUUCAUU